AUGACCCAGAAGAGAGGUACUCAGUGGUGGUGUGCUAUGCUGCUGUGCUGUACAGGGCUGUGGUCAUGGCUUCACCCAGAGACACUGAGCCAGGCUUCAGCCGUCAACCUGCGCCGCUUCAUUGGCUGUGCCGUCCGGGAGUUCACCUUCCUGGCCAGGAAACCAGGCUGUGGAGGGCUGCACAUCACCACCGACGCCUGCUGGGGACGCUGUGAGACCUGGGAGAAGCCUGUCCUGGACCCUCCCUACAUAGAGUCAUACCAGCGUGUGUGUACCUACAACGAGACCCGCCUGGUGACGGUGCGGCUGCCUAACUGCUCAGCCAACGUGGACCCCAUGUACACCUACCCUGUAGCCCUGAGGUGUGACUGUGGAGUGUGCCUGACCAGUACCACUGAGUGCAUCACCUCUGUCUGA